AUGUAUGGUAUGAAUCCCAAGCAUGAAUUCGUACGACGUGCGCUAGAUCUACUUGUUCAAGGUCCAGAAGAUGGAAAAGUAGUUAUUUUUCACCGCGACGAAGCUCUUGAUAUUGACGGAUUGGCUUGCGAGCGAACGGCGAUUUUCCCUACUGCAAUUGUUACUGUGGAAAAUGAUGACGAGAUACUUAAUAAUUUUGUUCCUUUCAUCGGGGGAUACGUCAAGCAGGACGUGGAAUCAGACGAGACUGUUCGGGGCGCGUGGAUAAAAAUAUGUCGCGCCUUAACUUGCAAUGAGGAAACGCGCCAAAGCUACCUCUCAUUCAGCUCACCUCAACGUAUGGUGUCUUUCAAUAGACGUGCGAUCGACUUACCGAAUCAAAACUCACAAUUGGGGCAGAUGAGAACGGAGAGAAAAGUCAAAAACUGGGAAGCUCGCUUGCACCAACCGGCUGAUGUCUUCAAACCAACAACGGUACAACACGUCCAACAGCUUGUCCAAUGGGCUUUAGGGAAUAAAUUUGGACUUACUAUUAUUGGUGGGGGCCACAGUGGUCAUUGUAUGUGGCCCAAUGUUGUUGCUGUCGACAUGGAAGCGUUUAACCAAGUACACAUUAUAAAUUACAGUGACGAUGUAGGCAAAACCGAUACUUACUCCACAUCUAACUAUUUGGUUGUAGCUGAGGCAGGGUGUAAGACUGGAGACAUCGUCCGGAAGGUCACGCCGUUGGGCUUGGCAGUGCCUCUUGGGUCCCGCCCAAGUGUAGGUGCUGGUUUGUGGUUACAAGGUGGCGUUGGUCACCUUACUAGGCUUCACGGACUUGCAUGCGACAAUAUCGUGGGUGCCGUACUUGUCAGCGUUGACAAUGGUCAAGUUGUUUAUGUCGGACAAGUACCAACCGAAUGUGUGCCAGCCGGAGGAGUGCGCUCCAAAGACGAAACGGAUUUGUUAUGGGCAGUAAGAGGAGCUGGAACUAACUUCGGUGUUGUGAUUAGCAUUACUUUCAAGGCUUACCCAGCUCCGACCUAUUCUGUCCGAAACUGGGUAUUCCCAAUGAGGUCCGAAACUUUGGCACGGAAAAGACUUUCCAAUGUCGACUCUAUUGCCAAGAAUCUUCCCCAGAACUGGUCCAUAGACGCAUAUCUCUAUUGGGAUGUAGACCAGUUGCAUCUUGGGGUGACCACGUUUGAAGCUUCCACAACCACACUAGCACCUGAGAUUCCCAAAUUCUUAACCAAUAUCCUGGGUCUAGAGAACAAACAUCAAAUAGUGGACGGAGUCGGUUUGUUCGAGACUGAAAUGUACAUGUCUGGGCUGCACGGCGGACACGGUUCUGGCAAAACCACCUCCUUCAAACGAUGCUUAUUCUUGAAGAACAUUGCACAGGUGCACAUCGUGGAUAUUUUGUUAGCGGCAAUCCAUGCUCGCCCUUCGCCACUCUGUUAUUUUCAUCUACUGCAUGGUGGUGGGUCACUGCAUAAUAUAGCAAGGGAAGCAACAGCUUUCGGCUGUCGUGAUUGGAAUUUUGUCUGUGUUAUAACUGGCGUGUGGCCCUGCGACCAAAAUGGAAUGGAAACUGCUCAAAGUUCUGUACAGUGGGUUUAUGAUGUCGCGAAAAACUUGCUGCCCUUUUGUUGUGGAGUGUACGGCGCCGACCUUGGGCCAGACCCUAGGGACAAAGCAUUGGCAGCUAAAGCUUUUGGGCCAAAUCUUCCACGUCUAGCCCGUCUGAAACGUAUUUUAGAUCCACAUAAUGUGUUAGCGUACGCCUGUACACUACAAGAACCACCGGUGAAACAAAAACUCAUCAUUCUUGUCACGGGUGAUAGCGCAGCCGGUAAAGAUUAUUGUGCUGACGUUUUUGUCUCCAUAAUAACCGCACACCCCUAUAAAGCUUUCACAGCAUAUUCAGCAAGUAUCAGCGAUGUCACCAAGCGAGAAUAUGCGACAGCUACUGGAGCCGAUGCAGAUAGUCUUCUUUCCGAUCGUUCCUACAAGGAGAAACAUCGUCAACCGUUGACUGUAUUCUAUCACGAUCAGGUGGCACAACGGCCUCAACUGCCGAUAGAACACUUCCAGAAUAUUGUUCAUGAGUUUGGCGAUGUUGACGUGUUGUUAAUCACUGGAAUGAGAGACGAAGCACCUGUAGCGACAUUUUCGCACCUCGUACCAGACAGGAGGCUUCUUGAUAUUCGGAUCAAAGCUGGCCAGAAGGUGCGGUCGACUCGCAAAGGGCAAUGUUCCGGCGGUAACAAUAACUAUGAAAAUGAAAAUGCAUGCAGCAAGAGUAAAUUAAACUCAAAAGUCCUACACUAUCGCCCUAGCCUCAUCUUCGACAAUGAAAAGGAUGGAAACGAGGCGGCGAAAACAUUUGCCAAGCAGUAUCUCCUUCCAUUUCUCCACGACGACCUGACGCGACUAGCUAGUAUGGCGGGUGGACUAGCUUUAGUCACCACUCUCCUACAAAACUAUUUCCAUGGUGAAUGGACUAAGGUCGAUAAAUUGGUUUCUUGCGAGGCUGGCGGUCUUUAUGGAGGAGGAAGGAAGAGGGAUAAUGAUUUAGUGGACGAUAUAGAUGAUGAUUUUACCUCCCGCCUUUCCUGUAUCGUUGCACUAUUCCAGAAAUCAAAUGCCGGCAUCACUCAACACAUUUGCUCUCUGCCCUUUGGUUCUUUCCGUUCAAAUGAGGGAGUCGUUGAAAUGGAAUAG